AUGAAUGCAAUUGAAGUGACCUAUUUAGCUUCAGAUGAACAAAAUGGCCGUCCUUUGAGAAUUUUGUUCGGCUUCUGUCAGCAUUCAACCCCCCAUUUUUUUUUCUUCGUCCUCUGCUACACCUGGCCCCUCCCGUUUCUUAACUGUCUCUCUCUAAGCCCGGUUCUGUCUCUAAGCCCGUUUCGUAGCUGUCUCUGUCUAAGCCCGUUUCGUAGCUGUCUCUCUCUAAGCCCGUUUCGUAACUGUCUCUCUCUAAGCCCGUUUCGUAACUGUCUCUGUCUAAGCCCGUUUCUUAACUGUCUCUGUCUAAGCCCGUUUCGUAGCUGUCUCUCUCUAAGCCCGUUUCGUAACUGUCUCUCUCUAAGCCCGUUUCGUAACUGUCUCUGUCUAAGCCCCCCGUUUCGUAGCUGUCUCUCUCUAAGCCCGUUUCGUAGCUGUCUCUCUCUAAGCCCGUUUCGUAGCGGUCUCUGUCUAAGCCCGUUUUCGGUCUCUCUAAGCCCGUUUCGUACCCGUUUUCGUAGCUGUCUCUGUCUAAGCCUGUUUCGUAACUGUCUCUGUCUAAGCCCGUUUCGUAGCUGUCUCUCUCUAAGCCCGUUUCUUAACUGUCUCUGUCUAAGCCCGUUUCGUAGCUGUCUCUCUCUAAGCCCGUUUUAUAGCGGUCUCUGUCUAAGCCCGUUUCGUAACUGUCUCUGUCUAAGCCCGUUUCGUAACUGUCUCUGUCUAAGCCCGUUUCUUAACUGUCUCUGUCUAAGCCCGUUUCUUAACUGUCUCUCUCUAAGCCCGUUUCUUAACUGUCUCUGUCUAAGCCCGUUUCGUAGCGGUCUCUGUCUAAGCCUGUUUCUUAACUGUCUCUGUCUAAGCCCGUUUCGUAGCAGUCUCUGUCUCCGGUCUCUGGUUUCUCUCUCUCUAAGCCCGUUUCGUAGCUGUCUCUCGAAGCCCGGUCGAGUCUCUCUAAGCCCGUUUCCGGUCUCUCUCGAAACCCGUUUCGUAACUCUGUCUAAGCCCUGUCUAAGCCCGUUUCGUAGCUGUCUCUCUCUAAGCCCGUUUCGUAGCUGUCUCUCUCGUUUCUGUCUCUCUAAGCCCGUUUCCGGUCUCUGUCUAAGCCCGUUUCGUAGCGGUCUCUGUCUAAGCCCGUUUCGUAGCGGUCUCUGUCUAAGCCCGUUUCGUAGCGGUCUCUGUCUAAGCCCGUUUCGUAGCGGUCUCUCCCGUUUCGUUUCUAAGCCGUUUCGUAGCGGUCUCUGUCUAAGCCCGUUUCGUAACUGUCUCUGUCUAAGCCCGUUUCGUAGCUGUCUCUGUCUAAGCCCGUUUCGUAGCGGUCUCUGUCUAAGCCCGUUUCGUAACUGUCUCUGUCUAAGCCCGUUUCGUAGCGGUCUCUGUCGAAGCCCGUUUCGUAGCAGUCUGUCAAUGCCAUUUUCAUAUCUAAGCCCUUUUCAUAUCUGUCUAAAUCAUUUUAAUAUCUAA